CAGUCCUCAGGUGAGACUCGACCGCGGUACAGCUCUUCUCAGCCCUAUUGGGCCUUUGCCCUCAUUUUCAAUCUGGCCCUUAUCCAUGGGAUUUGGGCCGGGCUUGGUUCCUCGGGCCGUCGUUCUAGCUCAACAUAUCCGGCCCGUAAAACCUUUUCUAAAAAACGACACCGUGUGUUGGGUGGGGUUGAUUAGGCCCUGACAUGAAGAAAACCAGUUGGGAUAACCGCCGGCGCUACAUCACGCAACGCAACAGAAGAGUCGCUCAGACCGAAACACAUCAAGUAUUUCCCGGGAGCGAAAGAUAAAAACCAACCAACGGCUCUCUCUUUAAAACCUAAAAUUGUCUCUUACAUCUUUAUUAUGGAUUGGAUUACGAAACCCUAAAGCCGUAGGCAUAGGCGAGUUCCAAAUGCUCAAAAAACUCCACCAAUGCCAAUGGAACAAACCUCUUCUCUAUUUCCCAAUUCUCUCUUCCCUCCUCUUCUCCAAACCCUCCUCCUCCUCCUCCUCCGUCUCCGCCGCUAUGCUCCACCACCAAGACCAGGACCAAGACCAAGACCACCAGUUGAGGACAUUCGCCUUUGGAAGAUUUGUGGGCCCCCGUCCCCAUCUCUAUCCACCAGCUGAACUGGAUAGAAAGAUUUCACAGUUCUUGCUUUCCCAUGUUUUGGCGGGAAAAAGGAGCUUCAACGACUUGCACUCGCUUAUAUACCAAAUCGUCCAACAGGAAGGCUCUGGUUCUGCACCUUCAAUUUGUGAGCUGCUCUUGAAUAAUUUCCAGGGCUGGGAUUCGAAUGUUGUGGUUUGGGAUAUGUUGGCUUUUGCUUAUUUGAGAUUUCAGCUCGUGCAAGAUGCCCUCUUUGUUCUCGCCAAGAUGAAAGAUCUCAACUUGCGUGCAUCAAUACAAACAUAUAAUAGUCUGUUGCACAACUUAAGGCACACUGACAUCAUGUGGGAUGUGCAUAAUGAAAUCAAAGAUAGCGGAACUCCCGAGAAUGAGUACACUAAUUCCAUACUUAUACAUGGCCUAUGCGAGCAAUCCAGGCUACAAGAUGCAGUUUCGUUCUUGCAAAUUUCCGAAGGGAAGGAUACUGGUCUUUCUGUCGUUUCAUUCAAUACCAUCAUGACAAGGUUCUGUAAAUUGGGUUAUGUAGAUGUCGCAAAGUCAUUUUUUUGUAUGAUGCUCAAGUGUGGACUGCUUCCUGAUUCAUACAGUUACAAUAUUCUUAUUCAUGGAUUAUGUGUAGCAGGUUCCAUGGAAGAAGCCUUAGAGUUCAAAAAUGACAUGGAGAAGCAUGGGGUAGAGCCGGAUAUAGUAACCUACAACAUUCUUGCUAAAGGAUUUCAUCUACUUGGUUUGAUGGGUGGGGCUUGGAAGGUAAUCCAAGACAUGUUGCUUAAAGGGUUUAAUCCAGAUGUUGUUACAUAUACAAUUCUAAUGUGUGGGCAUUGCCAGAUAGGAAAUAUUGAGGAAGGCCUUAAGUUGCGGGAAGAGAUGCUUUCUCGGGGAUUUCAGUUGAGCAUCAUCUCAUACAGUGUAUUACUCAGCUGCUUGUGCAAAAGUGCACGGUUUGAAGAAGCAUUGAUAUUGCUUUAUGAAAUGGAAGCUCUUGGCUUGAAACCAGAUGUUAUAACAUACUCCAUCCUCAUUCAUGGCCACUGCAAGAAAGGAGAAGUCCAUAGGGCUAUCCUACUAUAUGAGGAAAUGUGCUUGAGGAGAAUCUGUCCAAAUUAUUUUACACACGGUGCCAUUUUAUUGGGUAUAUGUGAGAAAGGAAAUAUAUCAGAGGCAAGGAAGUAUUUUGAUAAUCUGAUAACAAGUGACUUGGUGGAGGAUAUAGUCCUGUAUAAUAUUAUGAUGGGCGGAUAUGUAAAACUUGGUAAUAUUGCUGAAGCUGUACAGUUAUACCAAAAAUUAACUGAAAAAAAGAUUACUCCUAGUAUUGUCACUUUCAAUACACUUAUUCAUGGAUUCUGCAAAAGCAAUAAACUAGAAGAGGCUUGGAGGCUCUUGGAUACCAUCAAGCUGCAUGGGUUGGUUCCAAGUGUGGUAACUUAUACCACUCUUAUGAAUGCAUACUGCGAAGUAGGAAACAUAGAUGGCAUGCUUGAAUUGCUCCGGGAGAUGGAAGAAAAAGCUGUAAUGCCUACUCAUGUCACUUACACUGUAGUUAUUAAAGGACUAUGCAAACAGUGGAAGUUGCAAGAAUCCGUCAAAUUACUUGAGGAUAUGUGUGCGAAGGGUCUGACUCCAGAUCAAAUUACAUAUAAUACUAUCAUCCAAUGUUUCUGCAAAGCUCGUGACUUGAGCAAAGCUUUUCAGUUACACGAUGAGAUGCUAUUGCAUAACCUGGAGCCUAGUCCUGUCACAUAUAAUGUCCUCAUCAAUGGUCUUUGUGUAUAUGGGGACCUGAAGGACGCUGACAAGCUAUUGCUGUCUCUUGAGGAUCAAAAGUACAAAAGGAUUUUAUGUGCAGCUGUAAUUGUCAAGUACCUUGGUCCCUCCUUAUUUGGAUAUCUCUCAGGUUGAAAGGAAGAAUAUCACAAUUGGCAUGAAUUAUGUACCUGCCUGGUUAUGUUCUUCCUGAAACUAGACUUGAUAUGGUAAGACAUCAAAAAGGUUGUACCUAGUGCACAAAACUCUCAAUUUUGUGGAGUCUGGGAGAGAUCGGGCCUUGGUGCAAUGGCAAGUGCCUUGAUAUGGACUGUUACCCUCUUUUGAUGGAUUAACGGUGAAUUGUGGAAUGGUGAAGCUUAGUAUCUCUAAAUGUGUGAGGUAUUAAUCAGCUAAGACUUAUAUACUUUUUUGCCAGUAAUAAUUUAGAAUAAUAUCCUCUAUUUUAGGCACUGUUAAUUUAGAAGUUACUAAGUUCUUGGUGUAAAAAUAAUUUGCCCAUGGGUUGCACACCAAAGUUGUUCAUGGCAUGUGGCCUACAGGAGACUUUUUGAAGGUAUAAAUGAUAUGGCUGUCUUCACACAGUCAGAUUUUCGCAAGCCAAAGCAGUUGAGAUUAUGACAAAUGUAUGUGAGACUAUAAAAUUAGAAGUAAUGAUGUUCCUGGUGGAAAAAACAUUGGCUAGAGUGCAUCAUGAAAGUUUUUCAUUCAACAUGGUGUAUAGGAGAGUGUGCCAAAGAUACAAGUCAGAUUCUGUUUUCAGACGGUCAGAUUAAGAUUAUCUCAAGUUCUUUUAUUAGGUGAUUAUUAUUGAUGUUCAUGGUUGAAUCCCCAAAGAUGUGAAGUGACAGAAAUUAUUAUGUACAUGGUGUAUUACAGACUUACAGUUCUCUCUAUUAACUAUAUGAAAAUGUGUGAAGAUUCCUGAGGAAUAGUGUUUGGUUGGUUUUAAAAAUUUGGUGAGUCUCUGUCUAAACGCACCGAUAUGUCGAGCAGCACAGAUGUUUUUGUUGUGCACCCACCAAAACUCACCAUUUUAUCACUAUUCUAGAAAAAGGCUAAAAUGAAGACCCAGUAGAAGAAGAGUAUGUUGGAGAGAGAAUGAAAUGACAGGAGUAGAAAGAGAAGAGAUGUGCUUCGACCUGCUCUGUAUGGCCCUAUUUGUUGCUUUCUGCGUUGAGAUUGAACGAGGGAGAGAGAGGAGUGCUAAUCACAUGAAUUCUCGGCUGAAAAUCUGGGACAAGGGAUGGGUCUUUUACCUUCUCCAUUUGCAUUAGGAGUUCUACAAGCAAAGCAUAUAUAGAUUCUUUCCAUUGGCUUCUCAUUCUUCUUCAUGAUAUCUAAACGCCCAAUUCAUUCAUCAUUCCUAUUUUAAAAUUUUUCCCCAAAAAAGAACACCAGAGACUGUUGAGGACCUCAUAGUUUCAAGCAAUUCGUUAGUUAUGAUCUGGUAUUACUCGGUCUGAAUUACUCGAAUUUAUAAAUUGAUAGAUUGAAAGGAUAAGAGCAGAGUAAAAGCUCAUGGCACUAAAUGCUGUCAGAUAUAUUGCAGGCCAACAUAUGCCUACUGUGAGGAAGGAAUGUUGUCCAGCAAAGAUUGCAAAAUGCCUGUAGUUGCUGCUGUAGAGGGUUGGAGGUGGCUUAGAAUUUGCGCUGGGAUGCUAAGCAUGUGUUGCAACACCAAGAACUCAAGUUGGCUUGCCUGAGCUGACUCUUGUACAUGAACACAUGCAGACAAUGGUGUUUUGUUUGCUUGAUGUCUCUUGGGUGACGAUGCCUAAGCAAGUGGUGGAGUUGCUGGUACACUAAAUUGAAAAGAAAAACAUCAAGAAAAUAUUUACUUGGGAAUAGUACUGUAAACAUCCUUCCUUGACCACACCAUUCAAAAUGGUAACUAGAUGAUUUUAAUUGCAGAAUUUAUGUUGUUAGUGAAUGAAUUCUCCUUUUGAAUAUGCUCUAUUAUGUUUUGAUAACUUAAAACAAAUGACAACUAUCUUUUACAAUAUCCAGUUAUGUGUUCAACUGAUGAAGUUGUUUCUAAUUUGUGAUGCAACUUAUGUGUUCGAUUCAUGAAGUUGUUUCUAAUUUGUAAUGCAAGCAGUUUCUCUUUUGUACAAUAGCAAUUCUAUGUUACUUAAUCAGUUUGUUCUUAUUUACUUUAAUUCUUUGAAAGUGUCUCAAUUUCUAAUAUUAUAACCAUUCCUUUUAAUCCUUUGUGUUUUGCUAAGGCCGUGUACCUUCUCUCCGGUGACUUUUGGAAUCAAUUUCCCUAGGUCCCAUUGGAAUCAAUUUCCCUAGGUCCCAUUGUUUUGAGAAAUCGUAGCCUACUUUGGCUAACAGUUUAUAUGCCUUUGGGUUGAACUGUUCUUUCUUCCGUUCACUUGGUAGAAUACCAUGUUUUGUCAGACUUUGUGAAGACCUCACGAAUCCAUUUAGUGGCUUUGAGGGCGAAGGAUUUGUGGAUGAAGUUAAAGGCAUAGCAUGAUUUUCUUUCAAUAUGGCUACAUCCUCCAUCGUGAGUUUUGUAGGUCUUCACAUGUCAACUGUAGAUUGAAGGCAUUCCGUGAAUGAUGAUUGUCCCUUCUUGCGGUGUGAUAAUGAUGCACUUGAUAACUCCACAGCAUGCUGGUAAGUCCGUUGCCAUAGCAUGUGGAAAACUGGUUCCAGGAGAGACACAGAAGGAGAAGAAGACGGCUACGGCAUCAUGAAACUUUUGACCAAAUUUUGCAAGCGUGCAAAACAGGCUGAAAGAAGACAAGAAGAUUGACCUCGUGGACCAAUAAUACUGCGAUUACAUUUAUAGUCCACUUGCCUAGCUAGGCUUGAAGUUACCAAGGGACACUGAUUCAGCUCGCAAGGGAAAAUUCCCGUGACACAACUUUGUGUACGAUACGUGGCGAGUUGUGCAUAGAGUGCCACAACUCGCUUGUAAAGGACCACAAUUUUCCCACUCUUUUAUAGAGCAAUAAGUUUAGAUUGGAUCGCCU